AUGAGUUUACUCGAAUCUUCGUUGUUGUUGUUCUUCUUACUUCUGUUAAUCUCAUUAUCGAUUGUUUCUGCUCAAACAUCAAGUUAUACAGCUUAUAGAACAAGUUUUCUGUAUCAAACAUCAUGCACAUCAAAUCAAUAUUUUGAUGUUGCCUUAUUACAAUGCUCACCUUGUCCAGCCAAUGCACAACAGAAAUCUGGUGAUUCAACAAAAUGUGAAUGUAUCAAUGAUAAUUAUUAUUAUGGUGUAAAUCAAGGUGGUGGUUCAUUACUUUGUAUACCAUGCGGUUCCAAUUAUGUACGGUCAAUUGAUGGAUUUGGAUGUAUAACCACAAAUGUUUCAUGCGACUUAACAAGUUCAACACAAGUUAAAUCGGAAGCGCAGCUUGAAGGCGAUUUAUAUACACCAGUGAGUCCUUCUCCGGCAAGCCAACCAAGAAUUGGUAAUGCUACUUGUGUAUCGUGCCAAAGCGGCACAUGGACUGAUCAACCUGGUCAACGAUGUACUCCAUGUGCUAGUGUCACACCUCGGCUUGGACAAGUACAAAAUGCAAACAUUACAUGUUGCAAUACUACUACAGUUCAAGAUGGCGUAUGUUUGAAAUAUAUUGAUGAUGGUUCAGUCAGUGGUUUCUUGUAUCAAAAUAUAUUCACGUCUCCUACGACAUCAGUAUUUAUUCAGCAACAUCUGAGGGCAUCGUUUUUUCUUUGUCGAAUGAAUUUAAAUUCGACUACUGCACAAGCAACUACACGUCAACUUUUAUCAAAUGCAACAGCAUGCCAACUGUUAGCAAACAUAGCUGCCAUGCAAUUUUAUAAUGGUUUAAAUGGUUAUGCAUACUAUUUUUAUGAUACUUAUAUAUGGAAUCCACCAGGAUCAUCAGUUUGGACAAUUUCAAGUAAUCGAACAUCCAUACCAUUUCUUGCUUACCCAUCAACAUAUACUCAAGAUAUUAGUAGUUCAACAUACAAUUGGAUACCUGCAACAUAUAAUCAGAAUGAUCUUCUUCGAAUUAAACUAGCUAAAUAUUCUCCAACGGGGAAAUUUUUAGGUUUAUUUGAUGCUUUUGAUACUUAUAUGCAACUAUGUGGUGGUGGUUAUACUGAUGGUCAAGCUGCUUUUACAUUUGGGGCACAAUUUAAUAAAGCAUGUAAUAUUCGUGCUGAUGCAUUAUGGAAUUCAACACUAUAUGAAACUGCUUUCUUCGAUCCAUAUGUUGUUCUCACUCGCAAUGGUACUGAUUAUAUGAUACCAUGCCCCGUAGUUAUAUUGAAUUAUCAUUCAACAACUGGUAGUAAGCCGAAUCAAAAUUCUGAUGAAUCAACGUGGUCUUACAAUCGUCGGUUUUUUCUACUCGAUCGUAUUUCGGGUAUCACAACAACCACUAGUGGCACGAAUGGAUUAGUAAAUAUAAAUUAUGCCACAACAAUCAAAAUUUUGACUACGUUAACAAGCGGAGAAGCAUAUAUUCAACCACCAGUCAUUAUCGUUGGAUAUAGUCAAUUAUCUUUAUCGGACAUAGGCAAAGGAACUAUAGUUCAGGUUUCAUUUGCAUCUACCUAUCGGAUGGACCUCACUCAACAAGUUACGAAUAUAUGGAUUGCUUUUGGUGUAAUAGCUUUUUUUGGACUUGUUCUUGCAUUUUUUCGAACAACAAUUUGGUAUUCACGAAAAGGAGAUGAUAACAUUGAUCUAGCCGUCAUUGGUGAAUUUUCAGCUUAUAUAUCUAAUAUUCUGGCAACAGUAUUUUUUAUUGUGUUGGCGGGUGUUUCAGUAUGGUGGUUAAUUUUUUACAAAAGACAAGAUAGGGUUUCUCUUGUUAUACCCACUGAUGCACAACAAGCAUCAUUCACAGCACUUGUGGUUCUUGCAUUUUCACUUAAAACCAUUGAUAUUCUCCAUUUGAUUUUUCGUCAAACAAUGGUAGAUAUAUUUUUUAUGGAUUGGGAAAAACCUCAAGCAGGAAUUAAAGACAAUGUUUCUAUAUGGCGAACAUAUUUUGUUGCUAAUGAAUAUCACGAAAUUCAAGCAUUUCGUCGUAUCAAUGUUACAUUUCAAAUAUUCUUUGUUUUAUUUUUGCUUAAAGUUAUUAACUUAGAAAAUAUAGCUACUAUGGAACCAGGUGUAACUCUUUUUCCAUCAGAUAAUGACUAUCAACCAGGAUAUAGUAGUAUUCUUCGCGUUGGUAUUGCUUUUUCCAUGUGGCUUGCUACAGCUCUUGUUCAAUAUUUAGUUUAUAUUAUUUUCUAUCAACGUUUUGUUGAAGAUAAAAUAAUUAAUUUUAUCGAUUUAUGUUCUGUAUCAAAUAUAAGUGUAUUUAUAUUUACGGAUAAUCUAUAUGGAUAUUAUAUUCAUGGUUUAUCACCACAUGGAACAACUGACGUUAAUAUAAAAGAUAUGAUUAUGAAUUUAGAACGUGAAUCAAAUCAAUUGAGCGGUAAAAGAGGUUUACAAACAAAAUCCGAAGAGCAAACAUUUAUUGUGCAAAUUAGUAGAAAUUUUCGUAAAGUGUAUAAUGAAGCAUGCAAUAGAUAUCAUAUUCAAAGGAGUAGACAGAAUGAAAAUGUAAUGGGUGAAAAACAAGCGGAAAGUCUAAUGGCAGCUUAUCAAAAUUUGAAUGGAAUUUUAUGUGCAUUUAUUAAUCAUUCAUUGCCAGGCCACGAAUAUACUAUUCGUGAGCGUACUUUCCAAGAGAAAGUUCUUAACUAUGAGUUUUUAAAUCGCAAUCCGUAUCAAACAUUAGAAAGUGAACAAAGUUUAUUUUUUGUUGAUAACGAUAGAAAUCUUAUAAGAGCAAUCUUUGCUGGUCACGAAAAUUCAUUAUUUAUAUGGAAUAUGGCAACAUUUAUUUUCAUUGAUUAUUUCGCAUUUAAUUAUGUAUUAGCUGGAAUUGUUACAUAUAUACUCAAUUUUAUUGCGAUCAAAAUAUGUAUGUCAUUUGGACGAAGAAAUUUAUCAACUAAAACAUUAAUUCCAAAGAGCUUUCUUAUCUAA